CUUCAUCGUCACUGAGCAGUGCUUGUGAUACAGAAAGUACAAAUAAGUAAAGAAGAAAAAAACGAGCCACCACGUUCACGCUGUUAGAAGGCUUCUAUUCCCUUUAACUGACUCUUCAACAUGACAGCGUCGGGAGUCAUGAGGAUCCUGUUCAUCUCUUUGCUGCUGGUGCUGCUCUCUGCCUCUGCGCUCUCUCGGGAUGCCGACAUCAGACGUCGUUACAAGAAGUUCCAACGCCAACAUAUCAAUAAGGAGAUGAGUGCCAAUAAGUGUGAUGAAGUGAUGCAAGGAAGAAAAAUCGCCAAGACCAACAAAAAUAAGUGUAAGAAGAUCAAUACUUUCAUCGUUGAUGACAUCGACCCAGUGCGAGCUGUCUGUGUCAAGGGAGAGCCACAUGGCAACAUGACCAAAAGCCGUCAGUGCUUUGACAUUGUUGUCUGCACACUGAAAAGCCCGAGAGCCAAGUAUCCCAAUUGUGAAUACCGUGGUGAUAAACUCCACAAGAAAAUUAUAAUCAAAUGUGUAAACGGCUUUCCUGUGCACUAUGAUGGAGACAUUGGCCACUGCGACUACUGAUCAAACAUCUGAUGACUGCUUCACUUCUAUAUGAAA